CUUCGGCUGCGUGCGGUUUGGCAGCUCCAAAGGAACAGACACUGGUAGAGGACUUGAUCAAUCUGUUGACAGACAGACAUGACAAAAGGACAAUGGGAACACGCUAGCGGAUAAAAGGAAUGCUCUUAGCCCAGACGUCCAGCAGUUGGAGAGUUAUAGGAUUCUGAAAGCGCUUUCAGAACUACAGGAAGGAAUUCUGAGGCAGUUUGUGUGCUUUGGGGCCUUUCACGCAGAAACCACAGCAGGAUCUGGAAAACUGUGGGCUGACAAAGAUGAGCAUAUUGUAACCUCUGGAAAAAAAUAUCAGUAAGUUUAACUGGAAAACAGCAGAUUUAUAAUACCCUUAAUUCAGUUUUUUGUUUGGAGAAAAUUGUUUAUCUUAAGUCCUAAGUAAAUUAAAAGUUUAGUGUCAUGAUCUAGUGAACUACAGUAACAGGCUUCCCAUCAAUGUUAGCAUGGUAUUUAGUAAAACCUCUUCUGCAUUUAGCUUGUGGGCGUCUGCACUGCUGUGACACACACUCGCUUUUUCUACUGUGCAGCUGGAGUAGAAGAGUUUGUGUCGCACAUACAGUACCUGCACUAUAAGGACUUAGUUUGUGCCCUGAGGGUCUCGGAGACGGACUCAGACCCGGCAGUCAAAGGAGACAAGUUUGUAUUGCUGAGCAUCGCUUAGAAGGAACCGUAAGGGAGAUGAAGCGGAUGCCGUGCAGGUUUUUGUGCCUGCUGAUUCUGGUGGUGGAGCUGGGGUGGAUGGACGUGGGCCAGAGCGUGCACAGACCAGGAGGAACUACGGUGAUGGAGCAAUGGGAAAGCAAAGUGCGGUUAGCCUCGAGUCUGGACGAGCUGCUGAUGCUGGCAGACUUUCCUGAUUGGAAGCUAUGGAAAUGUCGGCUGAGCCUGCAGUGGUCGGACCGGCAGGCAGAGAGUCCCUUCCCUCCAACUUCAGCGGGGUCACACCGCUCCACGCGCUACGCUGCAGAAUCCUACGGCCUGGAGAUCCUCAAAGCCAUAGAUGAAGAGUGGCAACAGACUCAGUGCACACCAAGGGAAGCAUGCAUCGACGUGGCCAAGGAAUUGGGCACCGACCCCUCAGUGUUCUUCAAGCCACCUUGUGUGUUCGUCCAUAGGUGCAGUGGUUGCUGCAAUCAAGAGGGUGUCAUGUGCAGGAACGCAACUUCUGUGUAUGUAAAUAAAACCGUCCUUAGUGUCAUCCCAUUCAAGUUUGUGCCAGAACCUGUGCUAAUAAAAGUGGUUAAUCACACAGAGUGCAGGUGCAUGAAGCCUGCCAUAAUACGACGUAAUGCUCAGUCUCACAGGAGCAGUGGCUGCUCUUUCACUGGCGAUCUGUCACAGGACUCCAGGAGACUGUGUUCCAGUGGCUUCAUCUGGGAUUGCUCCAUUGAUAGAUGCAUACCCUACCCUUCCAGUACACCAGAGUUACCUUUCAGCACAUGGAUGCCCGACUGUGAAAUAGAUGUGGAGCGCUGCGACUGUCUUCUCAGAUCCACUUUGCAGCCCAGAGUGAUCCAUCGCUGCCGACUCAACUCUUCCAUCUGUGCCCACAAGCAGCAGCGCUUCGAUGAAGCCUCCUGCAGAGUCCAUUCUUUUUUCUUCACAGAUGCAAACAACCACGUCCACUGGGAAAAUAAAAUCAUGACAACUUGCUCCCGAUUAUGUUUGGAAGCAGAGACAACAAGCUUAUAAUUUAUUUUCAGUCCUAUUUAUGACCUCAACUAAUGAAGAUGUCAUUAAUUCAAACACCACAUAAGCAUGGAACCUCAUCUUUGAAUCAGUUUCUCAAGAUGGUGAUUUGUACAUUUGUUUAUGCACUAAGCAUUAAAAGAUUAUUUUUAUAACUGGAAUGUGCUAUAAACAAAUGGAUUACUCUUUUACCCCAUUGUUUAUGGAUAGAGAGAACAACUCGCAUACAUACUAUUAAACUAAAACAAUUACAUAUAACAAUUAAGAGAUUAACAACCUUUACAGUAAGUGUAAUGAAUAUAUACUUUCUUGUCAGUAUAUGAACAGAAGCUACUGUUGAUACUGUAAUGUCAUCUGUCAGUCAGUUUUCCUGGUGAAGUUUGAAAACAAGUGGGAGGCCACUUUUUUUCAAAAUUUACUAGGUGUUAGUGUUCCCAAAUGAACUGUAGUGUUCAGUGUUGUGUGAAGCUGGUGGAGCAUGGAAAAGAUGCACCUACUUCAAACUGGCUUGUAGAGGGUUAACGGUGUUUGUGUUUGACAGGUACAGUACAACAACUGAUUUGUUAAAUCAAUUAUGAAGGAUUUAUUAAUACACAAAUGACAUGAAUGAUACAAAGAGCUUUGUCUCCCUCUUGCUGCAU